AUGAAUGCCAAAGUUGAGCAGGAAUACAGGGCCAUCCAAGUCGAGGAAGAAUUGAAGAAGACACAGUCGAAUAAUUCUGAUACAGCUGAGCGUCUUCAAGAGGAAUUCAGAAAGCUUUCUGUUGAAAUGACGUCUAAGGUUGAUGAAAAUGAGAAGCAGGCCACAAAAGCGAUGGCAGAGGCUAAUGAACUGCGCCGGCAGAACAGAGUUUUGGAAGAGAUGCUCCAGAAAGCCAACGAAGAGUUAGAGCUGAUUAAGGGCGAGACUGAAGUAAAAUUGCAAGAUCUUGACAACCAGAAUGAAGUGAAAGCAAAGCGUAUAGAGCAGAUGUCAUUGGAACUAGACAAUACAUCAAAGCACCUUGAAAAAGUAAAGAAGCAUGAGGAGGAAGAGCACGAAGCUCUCUCAAUGAAAAUCAAAAUGCUCGAAACUGAGAUAGAAAGGCUCACAGAUGAGAAUUCUAACUCCAGACAGGAGAAAGAGAAAUUGAGAGGAAAUUUGGAACAAACGAAGAAAUUAAUUGCAGAAAAUGAGAUGCUGAUCCAGUGUCUGAGUGUUGAAAAGGACAAUUUGGAGAAAAGAUUUGCUUCAGCAAAGCGGGAAACAGAGAAAACGCAUGAGGAACUUACUAACAUUAGAUCUUUGAAAGACGAGAAGGAAACUGCAAUCACUUCUCUGAACUCCGAAGUGGAAAACCUGAAGACCCAGCACAGCAAGUUGAAGGAUGUGCUGAAAAAGGAAGCAUUGGAAAAAGAAAGCUUGAAGAAACAAAUAUCUCAAUUACAGGCUGAGGUACAAAAGAAAGUCAGCAAUUCAAAGAGAACGGUUAAGAAUACCAAUGGACAAAGGAAAGUAGAAGAUUGCUCGGAGAAAGAGUUGAAAGCCACCAGUGAUGAGAAGAAGUAUACAGAUUUGAUGACUGAAUUGACAUUACUGAAAGAAAGAAACAAAUCUAUGGAAAACGAACUGAAGGAAAUGGAAGAAAGAUAUUCUGAGAUAAGUCUUAGAUUCGCAGAGGUUGAAGGUGAAAGGCAACAACUAGUAAUGACUGUGCGUUACCUCAGAAACAGUAAGAACUAGCUUCCUCUGAGGUUUUGAACCUUGGACAGCUGGAUAUGCUGAGCACUAGAGCAAAUAUCCAGGUGGGACUAUUCGACUGCAGAAUUUCCAAAGGUUAAUAACUAGGCUGUGAAGCAAUAGACAUUAUUUUUUCACAAACCUGUUGUUCAUCAUUUUCCAAUUCGAAUCUCGACAGAAUCACCGCAGUCUGGAACCCCGAAAGAUAAAGAUCCGGGAUUCAUAAUUGAGUGGAGAUUUCAUGAAUAUUGUACCAUUUUCAUUAUAUUAACACAGUUUUUGUAUCACA